AUGCAGCGGGGCACCGUUAUCGUGGUACUGAUGAGCGGGGAAGCUGCAGAGGUUCAAGUGAGCGACGAGAUGACCGCCUUGCAGUUGAGGCGCCGCGCAGAGGAGGACUUGAGGGUGCAUUUGAAGCACUUGGUCACCGCUGAUGGCCGCGUGCUGUGCGGCCUCCGCCGCCUCACGGCCCAGGGCGUGGCCCCCGGCGACACGCUGACGGCGACGGUACGACAGGCGGCCUUAGUGUCGCGCAUCGGCUCGGCAGCGAUCGCACUUCUGAAGUCGGAUGGCUCGGUCGUCGCCUGGGGCGAUCCCUUCAGUGGCGGAACGCUCACCGCCAUGCAGGAGGAGCGCCUGCAGGAUGUGCAGCAGAUCGCGGCCUCCUUCGGCGCCUUCUGUGGCGUCACCGGCGACGGUGCAGCGGUGGCCUGGGGCGACCCUGACUUUGGGGGUGACAGCCACGCGGUGCGGCAUCAGCUGAAGGAUGUCAAGGAAGUGUUUGCCACGGGCUUUGCGUUUGCAGCUUUGAAGGUGGAUGGCACGGUCGUCACAUGGGGAGAGAACUACCCAGGUGGUGAUAGCAGAGCAGUGCAAAGCCAACUGCGAGAUGUUCGGACGAUCGCAGCCUCCAGCUAUGCCUUUGCCGCCAUCAAGACCAACGGUGAGGUGAUCACUUGGGGCUCGAAGAAUCCUCCCGUGGAGGCCGAGGAGCUGCCGGCAGUUCAGCACAUCGUCGCCAGCCACGAAGCCUUCUGCGCCGUCACGACCGGUGGCCGCUGCGUCACCUGGGGCGACCGGAAGUUCGGAGGCGACAGCCAUGCGGUCGAGGAGCGCCUGCAGGGCGUGCAGCAGGUCGUCGCCUCCUUCCGUGCCUUUGCGGCGCUCACUGGGGCGGGAGCCGUGGUCUGCUGGGGUGACGACCGCUUUGGAGGCAUGCUGCCAAAGGAGGUGGAGGCGAAAUUGGUGAAGGUGCAGCAGCUCAGCGCUUCACAUGCCGCCUUUUGCGCCGUUUUGGCCACGGGGGAAGUGGUCGCCUGGGGUCAACCCGAGUUCGGCGGCCAAGUCCCCGAGCACUUGCAGAACCGCCUCACGGACGUGAACUUCGUGGGAUCCUCGAAGAGCCUCUUUUGCGCGGUGCAGCACAGCGGCCACGUGGUGGUCUGGGGCGAUCCGUCUCGGCAGGGAGAGGUGGAAGAAGUGGAGGAGGAGCUCCAUGACGUUUGCUCGGUUUGCGCCUCGAGCCACGCUUUUGCGGCCCUCCGCCGAGAUGGCCGAGUCAUCACCUGGGGUGAUCCUGGAUUUGGUGGCGAUAGCAGCAAGGUGGCUUUGCAGCUGCAGGACGUGGGUAAACGCCUCAAGCCGCGGAUCAAGCGGAGCUUGUCAGAGACGCGCAUGACGGAAAAAGCCCGGUCCUUUGCUGAGCUCCAGCUGUGCUUAUUGCCUGCGGAGCUGAAGCAGAGCCACCUCAAAGAGGAUGGCUCCAUCGAGGACGCCACCAUUGCACGCUGGCUCUUCAGCUGGAUGGCCGUUUGGCUGAAGCAGUUGGGCGGCACCCGUCCGGAACAGCUGCAGGUGUUGCUGUCCUCCGCUCCUGAGCAGGUGCAGGAUGCUUUGAGGAGCAGUGGCCUGUGA